AUGACUGCCACAAAAUGCUCAAAUGAUAAUCCUGAUGUCUGGACUAUGGUAAACAGCAUCAACAUUGACAACAACAACAACAGUGAAUCAGCUACAACAUCUACUACAACUACUACUACUGCUGCAACAAUUAACUGUAGUAGUAGUAAUAGCAGCUCCCAGUUUGAAGUUUCUAAUCCAUUAACUGAUCAAACCUGUUCUGAUUCUUAUCAGUUUUACAGCAUUAGCAACAACAACACGAAUAACAUUAUUUAUAAUGGAAGUCAACUGUACAACAACGAUAACACGACCAACAACAACAACAAUGACUGCUAUGCUUUAAGCAUAUACAACCAGAACAACAACAACAACAAUAACAACUGCCAAUUUUUUCCCACAACAGCAACAAAUUACAUUGACACCUCUGUUUAUGAAAAUAACUAUGACCUAACACUUCGAUUGAUACAGCAAUCUAUUUUCAACCCCACAAAUUUUCUCAGUCUACCGGCUGUUGAUGUCAAUCAAUGCGUCUUUACUGAUUCAUUCGGCGAUCCAAUACACUGGAGGAAGUAUUUCAAUGAACCCGAAAUCAUUUACUCACCUACGUCUUCCUAUAAAGUUCUCUCUCUUGGUGGCAAGGGCACUUUUGGAAGGGUGUUGCGUUGCAUAAAACUUGAUCAUGGGGUAGACCCCUCCACUCCAGUUCAUCUCAUCCGAAACCCUAAACAUGUCGCCAUGAAGAUAAUCAAACGUCAGGAAAACCCUUCUUUUGAGAGGCAGGCCCAGUCAGAAAUCGCCAUUCUCAGACAGCUGGCAGCCGAAAAAGCGUUCGACGAAAAGUACAACAUCGUUCGGACUUUCGAGUUCUUUCGACAUAAUAAUCACGUCUGCGUCGUUUUCGAACAGCUUAGUGUCAACCUGUACGAGUUCAUGAAGAUGCAGAAUUUCAGGGCUCUCCCAACUGAUGAGAUUAGGAUCAUUGGUUAUCAGAUCUUAACAGCCCUUCUGAAAUUGAACUCCAUGGGUUUGAUCCACGCAGACUUGAAACCGGAGAAUAUCAUGUUAAUCGAUCCAGUCAACUUCCCAUGUAGGAUCAAGGUUAUUGAUUUUGGGUCAGCCUGCUACAACUCUCAGACUCUCUGCUCUACUUAUCUUCAAUCUCGCUACUACAGGUCUCCAGAAAUUUUACUGGGCCUUCCAUUCUCCUACCCAAUUGACGUGUGGUCAUUGGGCUGUGUACUGGCAGAACUCUUCCUUGGUUGGCCACUGUAUCCAGGGGCGAUGGAAUUUGACCAAUUAAAUUACAUCGUUCAAACUCAAGGACCGCCCUCUCAAAGAUUAUUGGACAGUGCCACGAAGACUGCAAAGUUCUUUGAUAAAGUCCAAAGUUGUUCUUGUAGUGGUAGUGGCUGCUGCUGUUACGUUGGUUGCUGCUGUGGCGGCGGUGGUGUUUGUGGAGGCUAUCAAUGGCAGAUUAAGACACCAGAGAAAUAUGAAUGUGAAACUGGGCUGAAGUAUAAAGAGUUGAGAAAAUUUCAAUUCACCUCACUGGAUGGUCUGCUCAAUGUUAGCAAUUAUGGUUUAAAAUAG